CUGUGUGUCUCUGUGUGUCUCUGCAGUGGAGGGCAGACAGGCGGCAUGACGGAGGAGAAAUGUCCCCAGCUGGUGGACUACUUUGUAGUGGCAGGUCUGGACCCUGCGGGGCCCUGGAGGCCCCUGGACGAGGAUGGCAAGUCUUCCUCCUCUUCGACGUCCUCCUCAUCUUCCUCCUCCUCCUCUUCGUCGGGCCGGGCGGUGGAGCCGGUGACGGACCUGGCUGUGAUCGCCCGGGGGCUCGGGGAGGAAGUGCCGGAGGGCUUCACCUGCAUCGAGAGAACGCUGGGAGGACACUCUGCCGAGCUGAGCGCCGGACUCAUCAACAACCCGCAUCUGUACCUGUGCUACCGGAGAGGGAAAGACAAGCCGCCCAUCCUGGACAUCAGCGUUCUGUAUGAGGGGAAGGAUCCUCUGAAACAGGGCUGGUACGUCAUCGAGACGACUCCGUACAGUCGCUCGGCCAGCCUGAGCUCCGGCGGCGCUCCCACGGCUCACCGCGUGUUCCUGAUGUACCGGCGAGCGCUGGACUCUCAGGGCCUCCACACGCUGGGAGUCACAGACAUCGCUCUGCUGCUGCCCAGCAAGGCCGAGGUCGCUCCACACACAUUCUGCCGCGUCGACAAGAACCUGAACACCGGCAUGUGGGGUCCAGCUCUGUACGUGUGCUACAAGAGAGCCGUGGCCAAAGCCAACGCUCUGGUGUACGAGGCCAGUCUGAUCAGCCGGUACCCAGAGGAAGACCUGGAGGCGUUUCCUCUGCCGGAGUCGGUGCCGGUCUUCUGCCUGCCGAUGGGUGUCACUGUGGAGAGCUGGCCUCUGAACACUAAAUACCAGCUGCCCGUCUUCUCCACCUUCGUCCUCACCUCCGCCUGCGGGGACAAGGUGUACGGAGCAGCCAUCCAGUUCUACGAGUCGUUCCCCCGGGAGCUGCUGUCAGAGCGUCAGAGUGUGAGGCUGGGUCUGCUGAGCGUGGUGGACCGGCGGCCCAUCACUAACCGCAGCCUGCAGGUGAAGAAGAGCAUCUGUGUCCUCUCUCACUGGCCCUUCUUCAACGUCUUCCAGAAGUUCCUCACCUUCGUCUACAGAUACUCCAUCUCUGGCCCCCACGUGCUGCCCCUCGAGAAACACAUCUCCAGCUUCAUGCACAACGUCCCGUUUCCUUCUCCACAGCGGCCGCGCAUCCUCGUUCAGCUCUCUUCGUAUGACAACCUGCUGCUCUGCCAGCCGGUCUCCUCUCCUCUUCCUCUCAGUGGAGCGAGCUUCUUGAAGCUGCUGCAGAACCUGGGCCCAGAGAACGCCUGCACGCUGCUGGUUGCCGUCCUCACCGAACACAAACUGCUGCUGCACUCGCUGCGACCCGACGUGCUGACCUCCGUCAGCGAGGCGCUCGUCUCCAUCAGUUUCCCUCUGCGUUGGAUCUGUCCCUACAUCCCUCUGUGUCCGCUGCAGAUGGCCGACGUGCUUCUUGCACCGAUGCCGUUCAUCGUUGGCGUCCACUCCAGCUACUUUGACCUGUACGAUCCCCCGACAGACGUGGUGUGUGUCGACCUGGACACCAACACCAUCUUCCAGUUGGAGGAUAAGAAGCCGUUGUCGUGGCGAUCAUUACCCAGAAAGCACGGCAAGACUCUGUUCAACACCCUCACAAACCUCCACAAGACUCUGGAGAAGAUUUGCACUCCCGGCCAGGAGGAGGCGACGCUGGAGUUCCUGCUGACGGACUACGAUCAGAUCUACAGGCGUCAGAAGCAGCUGGAGCUGGAGAUCCAGGAGGCGUUCCUGCGGUUCAUGAGCUGCCUGCUGCGAGGAUACCGAUCCUUCCUGCUGCCCAUCACACAGGCUCCGUCAGACACCACCACCGACUGCAGCUCCCUGUUCAACCUGCAGGGCUUCCUGAAGUCUCGGGAUCGAACGCAGCAGAAGUUCUACAACCAGAUGACGAGGACUCAGAUGUUCACCCAGUUCAUUGAGGAGUGCUCCUUCGUUAGCGACCGACACGCCUGCCUCGAGUUCUUCGACGAGUGCGUCCAAAAGGUGGACGUGGAGAAGCCUGAGGACGUGAGGCUGAUUGACCUGGAUGAGACUCACAGCGGAGAACACACCGUCUUCAUCAUGCCUCCCGAAGAGCCGCAGGAAGCUGACGGCUCCGAGUGCCCCGCCCUCUACAGUUAUGAAACCUUCCCGACGCUAAAGACGGAGCUGUUUGACCGUCCUCAGGAUCAGCUCCGCGUCCCGGCUAAAGGCAGCGCUCCCAGUAGCCCCGCCCCCCGACGCACCAAACAGGAGAUAAAGUUGGCCCAGAAGCGAGCUCAGAAGUACGCAGCGGUACCAGACAUGUGGUCUAAGUGUCUGCUGGGUCACUGCUACGGGCUCUGGUUCAUCUACCUGCCCACCUUCGUCCGGGCCGAGAGCGCUAAGGUCCGAGCCCUGCACGCUGCUUACGAUGUCCUCAAACACAUGGAGAACCGCAAGGUGGUGCUGCCGGACGAGGUGUGUUACAGGAUCCUCAUGCAGCUGUGUGGUCAGUACGGUCAGCCGGUUCUCGCUGUUCGAGUCUUGCUGGAGAUGAAGAAGGCGGGAAUCACACCAAACACCAUCACCUACGGAUACUACAACAAGGCGGUGCUGGAGAGCAAGUGGCCCUCCACCAAUCAGGGCGGGCGUCUCCGCUGGGCCAAGCUGAGGAAUGUCCUAUUGGCCGUGGCUCAGUUCAGACAGCCAAUCAAACGGCGGCAGAAGAGCGGCUCUGUGGGGUCGCGGGGAGAAGCGAUGAUGGACCCGGAUCAGAAGCCCCGCCCCUCCUCCGCUCUGAUUCGUCAGUCCAGCUGGAGCGGGCUGAGUGAAAGCUCCAGUCACGAGUCUCUGACGGGAUCGCUGGUGAAGAGCAACAGUCUGAACAGCAUGAAGACCAGCGACAAGGUCAAACUCAGCAGGAAGACCGUCCUCCGUAACGCCGGGACCAACGGCUGCGGAGACACCAUCUCCAGCAAACCUCCUCUGGCUCGCAGAGACACCUCCACCCCACCUCCAGCGCCCCCUGCUGGUGUGCUCGUUCGGAGGAGUCAGGUCUGCCUCUCCACCUUCUACAAAGAGUGUGCAGAGUCGGCCGACUCGGAGCCCGACUGCAGCUGCCAGCCUGCAGAGAGAGAUGGCAGACCUGCGGUGUCACGUGACUCGGCCAGCAGAAACAAAGUUGUGGACGAGAACUACAACAACGUCACCUCCCCGAACCGAGGAGGCCUGGCGGGGAAACUGCAGCAGCUCCUCACCCCGACCCGACAUCGUGUGUCUGUCCGACGGGCCGCGAGCGUGGAUGACCGGCGGCCGGGAGGAGGAGGAGGAGGGAUAGGACGAAGGGUGUCUGAGCAGAGGCAGUCGAGGAAAGCUCAAGUGGCUGAAACUCUGCUGAAAGCCAAGGAGAGGCUGGUCAACGCUACCUCAGAGAGUUCGUUGUCUGUAGGAAGUGACCUCGACUUGACAGAGACGCCCAGUCCAGCGUACCCUCUGCGCAGGUCCUGGGACGCCAACCAGGAGGGGGUGGGGCUCGAGGUGUUGAUGUCCAGCUGCUCUCUGUGUCGUAACUGUAACUUGUUGGUUUAUGACGAGGAGAUCAUGGCCGGCUGGACGUCAGACGACUCCAACCUGAACUCGUCGUGUCCGUACUGCUCCGCCUCCUUCGUCCCGUUCCUCAACGCUGAGAUCUGUGACCUCGGACCCAUCAGCAGUGUAGAGCGCAGUAACUGGAACCUGGAGGACGAGGUGGAGAGCGCAGUGAGGCCCCCUAGUGGUCAUGAGGCGUCGCUGCGACACCAGUGUAACGGCCUGAGCGAGGACUCCAGCUCUGAAACCAGCAGCUACUCGGAGAACAGCAGAACCACCACGGGCUCGUCGGCGGGCGGCGCUCCUCAGGUGGCGGUGGCCUACCUGAGCCCUCUGGUUCUGAGGAAGGAGCUGGAGAGUCUGCUGGAGAACGAGGGCGAGGCGGUGCUGGCUCAGCCUCAGUUCUUGGACAGUCACUCCAUCAUCUUCUGGAACCUGGUGUGGUACUUCCAGCGCCUCGGUCUGCCAAGCAACCUGCUGCAGCUGGUCCGCGCCUCGCCGCUCGUCAACCAGCUCACACAGUCAGAGAACUCUGCAGUCAGAGUCAGACUCCUGUGGGACACGCUGACUCCAGACACGGACCAGUGGCCCCCCCUCUACAUCCUCUGGAGGAUCCACAGUGGCGUCCCCAUGAGGAGCCACAGCUGGCGGAGACACAACCACCCGUUCACGCUGGCCUUCCUGGAGGAAGUGCUGCGGUGGGUCGGCAUGAACGAGGUGCACAAAGCCGUCACGCUCUUCAUCGACACGCUGGCCAAACAGCGGGAAUCUCCCAGGAUACAGAGGAGUUUAUACAGAGAGUUCCUCUUCCUCACGCUGGCAGCUAUGGGCAAAGAUCACGUUGCUGCGUUCGAUAAGAAGUACAAGGCGGCGUACUCUCGUCUCAGCGGUACGAUGGGUCGCGAGGAGAUGCGUAAGAAACGAGCUCAGCCUCCGAGCCCCAAAGCCAUCGACUGCAGACGCAGCUUCCACCCGCCGCUCGAGUGCUGAUCAGCCCACCAACCAAGACACUCCACUUCCUGAUGAUCCCAG